AUGCUGUUACUUAGAGAUAGCCUCAGAGGGAGAGCAGAAACAGCCAUAAAAGGCAUACAAUUGAUCCCACAAAAUUAUAUGUGGAUGAUUAAUGCUUUGAAAAAGAAAUACGGUAAUAAACCGACUAACAGAGCAAAAAUAGUGCAAAAAUUAAUUAAUUUGCCAGCAGUAAAGAAUGAUGCUGAUAGCUGUAUGGACACGUUCGACAAAAUUCGAAUGCUCAUGAAUCAAAUGGUCUCUGCAGGCCAAAAUAUACCACAAAUGCAAGAUGCGAUGUGGACAGAGAAAAUAUUGGAGAAAUUUCCUUACACUAUAGUGAAAAACGUUCUUGUUACAAUUCAAGAUCAAGAUGAAGUGAAAAUAGAAGAUGUAAUGGAUCAUCUUGAGAAGGAGAUUAAUGCAAAAAAGUUUGUAGACGCACGUUUAAAAGGUCGUGUAAAAUUUGAAAACCAUCCGAACCGAAGACAAUACGGUGUGGAUGUUACAGAACCCCCAAAAUUUGGAAAAAUUUGUCGUUUUUGUGACAACUCAAAUCAUAUAUCAGCGAACUGCCGAACAAUCACUGAUAUUAAAUCAAGGCGAAAUAUGGUGAAAGAAGCCAGACAAUGCUGGAAAUGUUUCUCAGAAGAACACAGCAGUUAUGACUGUCAGAAACCAAAUUGUCCUAAAUGUGGCAAAAUGCACGAUGUAAGCCUUUGCAUUUCCACUUCAAAUGAUGGUAACAGGACAAGAUAUAGCGCUGGUGACCGAUCGCGCAAUCAAAGCUCCUCCAAUACCGUACCAGUUCCAAGAAAUAACACUACUACUCGGAAUCAAUACGGCAUCAGGACUACUUGCUCUUUUCUUUUGUCAAUGUACACGGAACCUUCGGCUGAGUGGUUAGUACUGUGA